UCACUUGAACUAGAGUUGGCCGCCAGCACGGGAACAGGCCAAGGACCGCCGGGUUGCCGCAGCUGCUGCCAUCGUCGCCGUACGGGGGAGGGCCUCGUCUGUGUGUGCAGCAAAAGGAAAAAAAGAAUCUGUGUCUGCGGAAAAGCGAGUUUAAAUUGUAAGUUUAAGUGUGUUUAGUGAGAAACUCUGAGCAAAAUCCUUAAAGAUAAACUGUGAACUGCGAAAAUUCACCUCGAUCAGGUGACCUUUCCCUGGAGAAUUCCGCGACAGGAAAAGUGUGGUGUCCCCCGCACAGAAAACCCUGGAGCAAAAGUUUCGAUCCGGUGAUGUGUUACGUAUUGUGUUACUUCUAGUGAGUGUGAGUUUGUUCAGUGUGUGUGUGUGCCGCACGAUGCAGCAAUGUGUGUACGGAUCCAAAACUUGGUACUGAAUGGCACGACGACGACCGACGUCCUUGGCGUAGAAAAGGGGAGCUCUCCCCUUGGCUACCCGCCGGAAAACCAGUCACUCAAAGCUCUCUUAUGCCCUCUCUCGAUUGUGAGGAGAUCUCUCUGGAUUGUGGUUCCUCCGGUGUUCAACGGCGCGUUCAACAGUCGAAAAUUGGUCCAAUUGUUGCUGCUAGGACGGGUUUGAACGACCCAAACCACCCAAAACCGGAAUGUAUCUGGGCUGGGCGUACGACGGCGUCAACGCUUCCGUGCCCCGGAACACCGGUCCGGAAUGUGCCGGCUUCCUGACGCCGAGUCAGAAGCUGGUGGAGAGUAUGAUCCUACUCCCCCUAGCGGCGAUCGCCUUCAAACUGGCCAUCGCCCGGCUCAAACCGAUCACGUUCCGGCGGAACACCCCGUUCAUCUCCACUCCAAACCUCCAGCCCGGAACGGGCGGGGGCACGUUGGGGUUCCGCAGCAGUAGCAUCAGCCACCUGGCCAGCAGUAGCAAUCACAACCUGCAGCAUCACUACCAACGGGUAGGACCCAGCGGGCACCACUUGGAACCGGACCACCGGGAGUUGCUGCUGCAGCAGCACCACCACCGGCGAUCCUCCUCGGUGGAGUACUGCAGCUGUCACCGGUGUGCCGCCAGCCAUCACCCUGUGGCGGCCAACUCGGCGGCCCUGGACGGGGAAGCACCCAGCUGGGCCAAGCAAGCACUGCUCAUCACCAUGACCCUGACGAUCGGCGUCGAACUAGGCUUUAAGUUUGCAACUAGGACUGUUAUCUACAUUUUAAAUCCUUGCCACAUCACCACCAUGUUACAGAUCUACCUGCUGGCCUGUAACAAGCCGAAGAAGAGCACCACGGCUCUCUUCCGGAUACAGAUGAUGUACCUGAACGGGCCGCUGCUGGCGUUUAUGUUCCCCGAGACGGACAGCCGGCAGCUGCCGCUGGAGGCCGCCAUCUACUGGAUUCAGCACGCGCUGAUGGUCAUCAUACCGAUCUAUCUGCUGCGGACGGGAGGUGUCUACAACAUGGAGGCCGUGAAUGACUACACCUGGAAUACGAUCGCCUACUCGGCGAGCAUUUUCUACCACUUUGUCUUUCUGCAGAUCGUGGCUAUCCCCACCCAGGUCAACCUGAACCACAUGCUCUGCCCGGCGAUCAAGGACCCGUUCGAGGGUCCCCACUACCGUGCCAUCGCCGUCACGCACGAGGCCGUCCUGAGCACGCUGCUGUGCAAGCUGGUCACGGUUCUGUUCAGUCCGCUGCCCCCGCCCAUCAUCACCAAUCCGCCUUUCAUCAAAAACGGUGGCGGCGGAGCUGGUGGAUCCAGCGUGUCGGACUCGCCAUCGGCCAGCAAUAUCGCGACGACGUCCCCGCUGGUGACGAGCGGAACGUCCGGCGGUCACUACAUUUCCCGACCCUCGUCACGGCCCUCGUCCCGGUCGUCGUCGCCGGCGAAAUCCGUUACGAUGCAGGAGAACAACAUCAUCAUCAAAACCAGCAAGAUUGACUAGUGGCCCGCGGCGGAAGCGAACCUGCGAACCUGACUGUGGACCAUCUUCUUGGCGGAGAGGGGAGUUGUUACGGGCGGUGGGAGAGAUGUGUAGAUAUACGCGAUCGUUUUAUCAUCCUGAAGAAUCUUUACUGCGAAUUUUAAGAUAAUCCCAACCAACACUUUUUCCCUUCACAAACUAUCACACUCACUGCAAACAAAGCAAAACAAAGCUUCAAAUUGAACUACCAGCAAAAUACCACAAUACUCAACUAAACUGAGCUGAUAAUUUAGCGACGUGAGGGCGAACGACGAAGUGAAAUUAAAAAAAAAACUUGUUGAUUGCCUUUUUACUGUAAUAAAUUAACGAACAAAAAAAUACCAUUAAACACUUGAAUUUGAAAAUAAACCUAAAAACACAUUCACACACACUGUAGCCAUAAAGUAGAUUUUAAAAAGAGAGCGACUGUAGGAACGUUUCAACAUUUCAAUAAUUCUUAAAAGUACCAGCAAUGGAGAUAAAUAAAAAAAAACACAUCAAAAUAAACUCACAUACAGCUUAAUGCAAGCGAACAAAUAAAAGAAAAAUCGAUUACCUAGAGUUAAAAAGGAAAGGAAAAGCAAACGAAAGCAAGGUUAGGGCAAGCAGUCAACAGCAAAAAAAAAAGAAGAAGCCAGAAUCAGAUCUGUGUUUUGUGAUAUAUCAAUCAUUACCUAUUUGCGCAGCGCGGACUCCCCCCCAAAAUAAACCGACCGACGAGGGAAAAUAAGCAUUUUUAACCCCACUUUUUCUCACUCUCUUGCAGUUCCAAGUAAGUAGAUAAUUUUCCUCCUUCCCCUUCCCGUUUGUUGUUCAGUAGGAAGAAAGAAGAAAAAACAAGAUUGUGAUAGGUGAUAAGAGGUGAGCGGUUCCGAUCGGUGAUUGUUCAAUUAUUUCCGUCGGAGCGAAAAUUUAAAAAAAGGAGAGCGAAACGUGUGCGAUUCUAGGUUAUAACGAGUGACAACUGUAGUUCCUUGAUUGGUUUUGUGUUAGUAAAAUCAAUUUUAUUAGUUAA